AUGAAAUCUUUUCAUCAAGCGUUUUACGCACAUAAAGAUAAUCACGAUGUAUCGAAUUGUUUUUUGAAAGAUGGUUAUACAAAAAAUUUAACUUACACAAGAGAACACCAGCCAACCAAUACAGGGUAUUCUUAUGGUGACGAUGUAUUUGAUACUAAAACUGUUGCAAUUGGUGUAUACACAUUUUUACAAAUCUUUUUCCAAGAGUUUCAUAAAUAUGCUGUUUUGGAUUUCCAUGUGACUGGUGAAUCGUAUGCUGGACAUUUCAUAGCCGCCAUAGCCUUUGAUAUAAACAAAUAUAAUCAUGCAAAAAAAAAGAUGUUUAUUCAUAUCAGUCUUGAAUCCAUCUUGAUUGGAAAUGGUUGGGUGUACCCUCUAGUGCAAUAUAACUACUAUCCAACUAUGGCCUAUGAGUCAUUUUAUGGACCAAUAAUAAAUCAAUCUUCAUGUCAUCAGAUGAGAAAAGAUUGUAAAAAAUGUAUUAAUCUUAAAGUGUUGCGACCUUUUGAAAUGAAUGGUAUAAAUACUUUAGAUGUAAGAAAACCAUAUGUUAAGGCUGAAUUGGGUGCUAAUCCUUUGUUGGUCUAUCAACCUCAUAACAUAACUGUUCAAGACAUCUUCUUGAAUAAUGGUGAUGACACUUCGAGUGGUACCAAAGGCUUUAAUGAUGUUAAAAUUACUUCUUGGAUAACAACUUAUGGUAGUUAUUCUGGAAAUGUUAGAGCCUUUAAGGGAUUUACAUUCUUGAAAGUUGCACUUGGUACCACAUGA